AUGGAGGGAGAGCAGACAGAGGCUGGUGUCAGGAGGGCAUGGGAUGCCUGCCGAGAACUUCCCAUUAUUCAGGAUGAGCAGAGACCCAGAAAAAGAGUGACAUGCUUCCAGUGGUUCAUAUGCAUAAUUGUCGGCUUACUAGUCUUUGCUCUUGCAUUGAUAAGCAAGUCCAGCUUUUUGGUUCUGGUUACCCUGGCGAGCAAUGCGACAGAGACGGUGCAAUCAGACCAGAAGCCCCUUGUGUUCUUAAGCAUCGGCUGUGCUGUGAUUGGGCCCAGUGUCCUUCUCUUCAUCAAGAGCCUGUGGAAACUCUUCUUCAAAGACUCCAACAAACCCAAAGGCAAAACCAUACUGUGGGUGCUGUGUGUGGAGUCUGUGGUGGCUCUAGGAAUCAUUCUUCUCACUGUGGUCUCUAUGCCACAUUUCGACAUCAUCACCAACGUGACGCUGCUGAACAGCGUCAGUGUCCUUUCUGCAGCGUUCCAGGUGGGGGCUGAGUGCAUCGCCCGAGAGAGGAAGAGGAUCAUUGCCAUCCCCAUCAUGGCCGUUGUGCUGAUCGUCCUGGGGUACUUGCUCUUUGCCCUUGGUUUUCUCCUAGAAAACAGCAAUGACUCUCAGAUCGAAACUCAAAUGGUAGUAUCGGUGACAAUAGCCAUACUUGGGUCCGUCCUCGUCUCCCUAAACUGGUGGGAAAACUACUCCACCCUCUUCAACAUUCCCUUCUUAGAGAAUAUCUCAAAGGACAUUGCCAAAUCUCGGAACAUGGUGUGCAUAUUGUCAAGUGCCGUGCGGGUCUUAGUGACAGCAGGGGUAGUUGGAGCAUAUGUUCCAUUAUCAGGCCAAGACUGGUCCUCAGUCACAGCCGUCCAACAUGAAGAAAGAACAUUCAUCCUUUGGCUGCUCUUCUCACAGAUAGCGUCCUCUGCCCUGUGUCAUUGGUUUGUGGUGGUGGCCUGCAAGAUGCACGCCCUGAGAAGUAGCUUUGCCGUGCCCAUGUACUUGGCUUCAGUGACCGUCCUAGCGGUGUUCUUGGGUCCAAUGAUCUUCAUUUCUGGAGCGUCGGAAGACACUGCUACUCACUGUGAGAACCUGAAAGACAUCAAAAACUUCAACGAAAUCUUCAGAGGUCCAGAAUGGGCCUUGAAGCUAGUGGUCGACGGCACACACACGCUGUGUGCGCGGCCGGGUGUGCGGACCCUGGACACGGCGACCCUCGCUUUCCUGUUCUGCUCCACCGUUAACUGGUGGUUGGGGCUCAUCCUGAGCACCGUCUACAUCUGGUUUCUGCGCAUUCAGCGCAUCGAGAGAACCCAAGACCUGUUUGUCAGAAGGCUCUAUGAAGGGGCUUUUCUAGAACAGUCCAUGCUGCUCAACACACGAUUUGAGAUCUUGAAAAUGAGCAAGUCUAAAAGAACGCAACAGAAGGUGACUGUUUAUUUGUGUGCUACCAUGUGGCACGAAAACUACAGCGAAAUGAUGAAGAUUAUCAUCUCAAUGUUCAGAUUGGACAAGUACAGGCCAAAGGGGAACCUGAGCCGUGAUGUGGGUUUUGAGUUCCACAUCUUCUUCGAUGAUGCUUUCAGAGAUGUCAAAGACAGCAGUGGACGGCAUGUGAACGAAUAUGCAGAGACUCUCGUGGAAGUCCUGAGGGAAGUGUACAUAAUCUUCAGUGAGGACGACCGGAGUCUAUUCGCACAGAGGCCUCUGCUGCCCAGUCAGAAGAUCAUCACCACACCGUAUGGCGGGCGGCUUCAGUACACUCUGCCCAAGGGCAACACCCUCAUGGUGCACUUCAAGGACAAGCUGUUGAUUCGGCACAAGAAGCGAUGGUCACAGAUAAUGUACCUCUACUAUCUGCUUGGUUGGAGACUAAACAACAAGUAUGCUAGAAUGUUUGAGCGGGGAGUAGAUGAGAAUUCUCUGGCAGAGGAACUAAAGAAAGAAAAGGACGACACGUACAUCCUGGCUUUGGACGGGGACACGGAUUUCCAGCCAUGUGCAGUGAUGCUUCUUAUCGACCGGCUGAAGCUGUACUCCGAGGUGGGCGCAGCGUGUGGCAGGAUUCACCCUACUGGCGCAGGCCCCAUGGUGUGGUACCAGAAGUUUGAGUACGCGGUGGGCCACUGGAUGCAGAAGACCGCUGAGCAUGUGAUGGGUUGCGUGCUCUGCAGCCCCGGCUGCUUCAGUCUGUUCAGGGCCUCGGCCCUCAUGGACGACAACGUCAUGAAGAGGUACACCACCAAAGCCUCCGAGGCAGGCCACUACGUGCAGUAUGACCAAGGGGAGGACCGCUGGCUGUGCACGCUGCUGCUGCAGCAGGGCUGGAGGGUGGAGUACAACGCGGCGUCGGACGCCUACACCAACGCCCCGCAGGACUUCAAGGAGUUCUACAACCAGCGCCGCCGCUGGGGGCCCUCCACCAUGGCCAACACCAUCGACCUGCUGGGCUCCGGCCAGGUCACCUCCAAGAAGAACAGCUCCAUCUCCAUGCCCUUCAUCCUCUACCAGAUCGUCACCAUGAUGGCCUCCAUCUUGGGCCCGUCCACCAUCUGCCUCAUGAUCGCAGGAAGUUUCACCUACAUUUUCAACAUGGGAGCCAAUCUUGCCUUGGUAGUCGCAGUAGUGCCCCCUGCUGUCUACCUCGGGCUCUGCUUCAAACUGAAGUCAGACACGCAGAUCAAAGUAGCUGCAGUGAUGAGCAUCAUAUAUGCCUUAUUCAUGACAGCGACAAUUCCAGCAAUCAUUGGCCAGAUGGUGGAGGAGCAGACGUUUGUGACGCCGGCGGGCAUCUUCUUCAUCAGCAUGGUGCUGAUGUACGUCACCACGGCAGCGCUGCACCCGCAGGAGUUCUCGCUGGUGGUGUACGGCCUCCUCUACUUCCUGUGCAUCCCCAGCGGCUACCUGCUGCUCACCAUCUACUCCAUCGUCAACAUGAACAACGUGACGUGGGGCACGCGCGAGAGCGGGGCUGGCGCCGCCAAGGCCCCCGUGGCGGCCCUGCAACGGCGCGCCCUGCAGGCCAAACUGUGCAACUGCCUCUGCUGUAAGGCCCCCCCAGUGGAGGAGCCCAAGCAAGAAGUGGUGGUUCAGACAACAGCAGUGACUGAAAUGCAAGACCUGGAUGACCACCGUGACUGUCAACCGCAAGAGAGUUCCCUGGAGCCUCCGGGUCCAUAUCCUGAGCAGAACUGGAUUGCACAGUUGCAGAAAAAAGCAUAUGGUUUUGGAUUAGCUGAGAGUCACCUCACAAGGGAUGAGGAAGACUUUUGGAGAGAACUCCUAAAAAGAUAUCUGGAACCACUGGUGGAGGAUAGGGACCAGCAGAGAAAAAUAGCAGAUGAUUUAAAAGAUCUACGAAAUAAGGUGACCUUCAUCUAUUUCUUCUCCAAUGCUCUAUGGCUGGUGGCCACUUUUUUUCUUCAAGCCAUUGGACAAGCUGUCACCAUAACAUUUCCAAAGAUAUACAUCAAUGGCACCAUUGACCCAGUCAAGACCUAUUCAAUAGACCCUGUUGGGCUAAUGUUUCUAUUGAGUUUUGCAUGUCUUCUACUAGUCCAAUUCGUUGCCAUGCUAUAUCACAGAAUUUAUACCAUGAUCCAUUAUGUGUCAUAUAUUGACACGGAGUCCAAAUCUGGGCAAAAGUUCCUGAAGCAACAGUCCUCAAAGGAGCUUGAUGAGCAGGUCCCUGACUUCCAAGAAUCACAUCUUCACAUAAAUGGGCUGGGCAAGGAAUCACUGUGCAUCCAGAACCCAGCAGCAGUGGAAGGCGCAAUCACGUUGGUGUAAGAGUUGAAAUGGGAAACACUUUGAUAAAGACAGCCAAAGCUGGAUUAAAUGCUUUACCCGUCAACUUUACUCUGAUGGGUCGUUCACAAUCAGGGAGAGCACUUGGUUUAAGGCUCAAAAUUGCGUAUUCUCCAUGUAGUAGGUCUGUAUAUCUGACAACAGUUGGUGGAGGACAAUUGGUCAUGGUGAUAUUGUGGAAUAUUUGUGGGGAAAAAAAGAAUUUUACGAUGUCUGUUUACAAGAGUAAGAAUG